AUGGCAGGCACGGCCAUAACCCAUCUUCUGUUUCCCUUCAUUUUUAUUCUUAUCCUUCUCUCCACAGCUGCUUCUCGACACUUGAAUGAAAAGCUUUACGUAGUCUAUAUGGGUGAUAUUACGUCCCCAGAUAUACAAGAUUAUUCCCAAACAGCAGCAACUGAGUCCCACCUUUCAUUGCUUCACUCUCUACUUGAAAGCCACGAGGCAGCAGAGCAAUCUUUGGUUCAUAGUUAUUGGAAGAGCUUUAAUGGAUUCGCAGCUUGGCUUUCUUCAUCUCAUGUCGAACACCUCUCAAACACAGAUGGUGUUGUCUCUGUGUUUGAAAGCAAAAAUGCUCAACUCUUGACAAGUAGAUCAUGGGAUUUUGUGGGACUCCCUCUGUCUCAGCAAACCAAUGAUUUGGAGUAUCAAAGUGACGGGUAUGGCCAGAAUCAGAAAGUUUCAAUGACGCUGGAUUGGGUCCCAUUCCCUCAAAAUGGAGGGGAGCGUGCCAAACAACAUCCGACUUCAAAGCCUGCAAUAAGUACUACAGCAUUCAUUCGUUCUACUCUCCAAACUAAAUCCUCUUUCUGUUCAGAAAUACUGAAAAUAAUAGGUGCAAAGUUUUAUUAUAAAGGCUUGGGAUCCCAACCAGCUGCUGGUGAGUUCACAUCUCCAAGAGAUUCAAAUGGCCAUGGAACACACACCUCCUCCACAGCUGCUGGAAGCAUUGUCAGAAAUGGCAGCCUCUUUGGACUAGCCCAAGGAGACGUACGUGGAGGAGUACCUGGUGCAAGGGUUGCUAUAUACAAGGUUUGUUGGUUAGAUUCUUGCAGCGAUGUAGAUAUCCUUGCUGCAUUUGAUGAUGCAAUCCAUGAUGGUGUGGAUGUCAUUUCUGUUUCAAUUGGACACAGUGGGUCCUUAUUUUUCCCACUGGAGUACUUUAAAGAUAGCAUUGCAAUAGGAGCAUUCCAUUCAAUGAAGAGAGGAAUCUUAACAUCAAAUGCUGCUUGUAACGAUGGCUUUGAGGGAUCUGUUUGCAACUAUUCCCCCUGGUCUCUGACAGUGGCUGCAAACACCAUUGAUCGCCAAUUCAAAGCACAACUUACUUUGGGAAAUCAAACGUCCUUCGAGGGGCGUGUUAUAAACACAUUCACAAUGGAGCAGCCUUGGUACCCUUUAGUAUAUGGAGGAGACGCUGCUAAUAUUUCUGGCGGAUUUUCUUCUGAGGACUCCAGUGGAUGCGGGUUAUAUUCCCUGGAUCGCAGCAAAGUCGAAGGAAAAAUAGUACUUUGCUACUUAGCAAACCCAACCGAUCUGCCAGAUGGAGGAGUGUAUGUAUCUGGAGGGGCAGGUGCCAUAAUAAUGUACGAUCCAAUGAAUGAUACAGCUUUCUCGUUCAUGGUCCCUGCCACAGUUAUUUCAUCCGAACAGGGAGAGAUUGUAAGAUCUUACAUCAAUUCUACAAGGUCUCCUAUUGCAAAUAUAGCAAAAAGUGUGGCUGGGAAUGAUUUACCUGCACCUAUAAUAGCUUCAUUCUCAUCUAAAGGUCCCAGCGGAAUCACACCAGAUCUUCUAAAGCCUGACAUCACUGCACCAGGCGUAGAUAUUCUGGCUGCUUGGUCAAAAGUUGCACCAAUGAGCCAGGAUCCUUUGGACAAAAGAGCAGUAGAUUUUAACAUAGUCUCUGGAACAUCUAUGGCCUGCCCGCAUGCCACAGGAGCAGCUGCUUAUGUCAAGUCAUUUCAUCCUGAUUGGUCCCCUGCUGCUAUCAAAUCCGCUCUCAUGACCACAGCAUCAACAUUGGAUGCAACUUUAGACGGCAAUGGCGCUGCAGAAUUAGGAUAUGGUGCGGGACAGAUUAAUCCCCUCAAGGCCACCAAUCCAGGGCUUGUCUAUGACGCCGAUGCAAAUUCUUAUAUCAACAUGCUAUGUAGCCAAGGAUACAAUGAAACAUCUUUACGUUUGCUGACAGGAGAAUUUAUCAGUUGUCCUUCAAAUUUAUCUAAAAAUGGAGUAUGGGAACUUAACUAUCCUUCCAUAAUGGUUAUUAGCAAUGCAAGCGAGCCCUUUCUUGCUCAAUUUCCAAGAACAGUUACAAAUGUAGGACCUGCAAAAUCUACUUACGAAGCCAAAAUAGAGGCACCCUUCGGAAUGAACGUGACAGUUGAACCAGAUACACUCACUUUCACGUCCUCCAACCAGAAGAUGUCAUACAAUGUGAAAAUUGAAAGUCGAAUUGUACCAGAUGAUUACGCUUUACUAUCAGGUGCAUUGACUUGGAGCUAUGACAAUUACAGUGUGCGCAGCCCCAUUCUUGUAUAUUAUAAUGUCAAACAGUAA